GCGCAUUAUUUGGCAACAGACGCGGCAGUGGGGAGGGCCGAAAAAAGAGGAUAUCCCCUGGAUUUCUAAAAAGCAACGAUUUAUCGAGGUUAACUGCAGAUUAAACAUUCCUUGGUCGACCAUCGGCGAAGAACGGGCAACAAAGCGACCGAGGGAUGUCUGAGGAGGCUGUCCGCCAGACGCGCAGCCAGAAGAGGGCGCUUGAGAGGGAUGCUGCUCCCCAGUCUAUAGAACCUUCGGCUACUGACAAUGAAAGCAAAAAACCUAAAUUGGACCCGUCUGAACCCACACCACAGGCGCAAAAUAAACCUGCACCCCACCCUGUAGUGGCAGAGGAUGGUCAAAGCCGGACUAUGGAUGGAUCAGAGCACGAGAAAGAUCAGGACGAGGAUCAGAAUCAGUUGCCAUUACCUUUAGUGUUACCUUUGGUCUCUCGUCCGGUUAAAGAUGAUCGGGAGCGAACCCAGAGACAGCAGAUGGUUGAACCCAACGCAGGCAAUCGGACUGAUUGCAAUGACAAAGCCAGCAAGGUGAGAACAGAACCAGCUAUGGAUACAAGGACCCGGGUCCGACUGACGGAGUCGAAGGCCUCCAGUGGCAUGCUGACUGCAGGCGAAGUGAAGGCCACCAUUAAAGUUGAAGUUCAGACAGGCGAGCAGCCCGUGGACAUGAGCACCUCCAGAGGUAUAAAGAGGGAGAAGCGACCUCCGUCCCCCGAAGAUGAUGAUGUUAUCAUCUUGUCUGACAAUGACUCCCCCAGUCCACCAGUGAAUGGCUUGAGCCACUUUAAGGAGCUGGACACAGACCUGCUCAUGAAAAGCAGCCCAGUGGAGAGGGAGCGCAUCAUUAAGCAGCUGAAGGAGGAGCUGAGACUGGAGGAAGCAAAGCUGGUGCUUCUGAAGAAACUUCGACAGAGCCAGAUACAGAGGGACACUAUCCAGAAGCCCUCAAGUCUGUCCGGGUCUUCGGCUCCUCCUCCUCUAAUUCGAGGAACAAUUACAAGCAAUAAAGGCUCUCAGCAGAUUUUAACAGGCCGGAGUUCAGGCACAGUCAUCCCUCCACCACUGGUGAGAGGAGGACAGCAGGUGUCUUCCAAACAUGGCUCCCAGAUCAUAAUGCCACCUCUGGUCAGGGGGGCACAGCCCAUCUCUGUAUCUCCACAGCAGAUCCAGGCUCUCCGUCAGCAGCAGCAGCAGCAGCAGCAGUUGGCUGCUUCAGGAGGUUCAGGACCCCCUCCUCUGCUGCUGGGCCCCAGGACCUCAGCCCCUGCAGGCCAGGGCCAGAGAGGCAUGGUCCAGCCAGGCCUCAUCAGAGUUGGCAGUAGUGCCAACACACUGGGCUCGCCAUCCAGUUUGAAGGGCUCUUCGUCAGGAAGCAGUAGCAUGUCUGUGGUGAGCAUGAAUGACUCCCCAGCCAGCCGUCAAGCUGCAGCUAAACUCGCCCUGCGAAAACAACUGGAGAAGACUCUCCUGGAGAUCCCACCACCCAAGCCUCCUGCACCAGAGUUUAACUUCCUGCCGUCUGCAGCCAAUAAUGAGUUCAUCUAUCUGGUGGGACUAGAAGAAGUGGUACAGAACCUCCUGGAUACCAUCCACAGAGGAAAGACAGGUGUAGCACUUAACAAGACCACUGUUAGAGACCCCUUCAUCUGCACCCAGUGCAACACUGACUUCACCUGUCGCUGGAGGCAGGACAAGACAAAAGGCGGGGCAAUCCUCUGUGAACAGUGCAUGUCAUCCAAUCAGAAAAAGGCUUUGAAAGCUGAGCAUACCAAUAGGCUGAAAAGUGCUUUUGUCAAAGCACUGCAACAGGAGCAAGAAAUAGAGCAGCGCAUUUUCCAGCAGACGUCCUCACCAGUCUCCCACAGUAGCUCCUCAUCCUCGUCAUUGAAAGCAGAGCACCUGGUAUCUCAGCAGCUGAAGCAGGCUCAGGUCAGGGCGUCCUCCCUCCAGCAUCAUCACCAGGCCAGCCGAGGAACCAGCAUUGUUCAGCAUCACUCCAUCAAGCAGAGCUCCCAAGGCCAGCUGUCCCAUGGUGUCUCAUCAGUGGGAGUGAGGGGCGUCCCCCACUCCUUCUCCUCCUCCUCCCAGCUGCAGAGCGCAGUGGCGGCCGCAUCUUUGGUCAGCCGGCCAGGUAAGCACGCCCAUGUUUCCCACCGCUCUGUCCAGAAUUCAAAGGUGAGCAGCAGUGGACUCGGCGGCGGCAGGAAUAUCAGCGGAGGUAGUACCUCAUCCACUGCAUGGAAGAAGCAGAGCAACAACAAUACAGGAGUCACUAUGGCCUAUGUGAACCCCAGCCUGACAGGUCACAAGACAUCAGCCACCGUCGACGCUCGUCAGAGGGAGUACCUGCUGGACAUGAUCCCCUCUCGCUCGUCAAUCUCGCAGACUGCAAACACAUGGAAAUAAUUUAAACCGUUCUCUGCUAUUCAUUGUUAGUUUUUGUCCGAGUUCCUCAGCUCCAAUAAUAUGGUCAACAGCAACCCCCAGAGGACUGUUAAGCAAAUACAAUCUCCUAAAGUGAAGAAACGUUCCGUUCUUACCUUUGUAUGAUUGUGUUUUAGUUUUAUUAUUUCUGUCGUUUAUUUUGAGAUUCACUGUUCUUUGGUAAUUGUGCAGAAACCGUUUUGAUUUGACUGGGGCAAAGAAAAAAAACAAAUACUUGAAGGGCUUCCCCCUGGGUACUUCUCUUCCAUACUGGGUGGCUAAAUGGUGGUGUGAUAAUGUAUCUACAUUGAGUACUUUGAGUACAAAAUGAGUACUCUGUUCUGGGCUUAUAAACCCUUUCUGCCAUGAUGUGGGUCAAACUGACCCAACCUUUUAACACUUGAAUGGUUAUAGUCAUACCCAAGAGUUCACAUUCAACAAAAUACACCUUUAUCUUAAGCAAAAAACAAAAUAAUUAAGUUGUAAAAAUUUUCAGUACAUCACCCCUAUAGUUUAAGGUUUGAAUUUAUUUUGUAUUUACUGUAAGUUAUUAUUAUUAUUUUUUUUGAGUAAUGUUAAAAACCACUCAGUAUCUUGUGGUUUCCACAAAUGAAGUUUUUCUGGCUUUGGGUUGUUGUUGUUUUUUUUCCCCUGUUUAACCGCAUGCCUGCCCUUGACCCUUCUGUUCAUUUUGCACCUUAGCUGAAUAAGCAUGGUGUCGUUGCUUCAUUCAUCUGUAAUUACCAUCUGUAAUUUGCUUAUUUUAUAUCACUGUCAAUAUUCUAAGAUUAUUUUGAGUGUUAUGUCAUCGCUGAGAAAAUGCAAACUCUGAAGGAGCUGGAUUUGCCACACUGGAGCCAGAGAUCUUCUCUGAUUUAUUCAACCAUACUUAGUCCUGAAUCAGUUCUUGAAGGGUGUAUCUCCCAGCUACCAAGACCCUGGAAUACACAGAGGUUCUCUCUAUCUCGUACCCCUCAUCAUAUUGCAUAAUUUCUCUGCUUCCCAAUCUUAACUGCAUUGUACAAUUUUAAUGUUCAAAUUUAUUUGGUUUACUUUUUUCCUAGUUCCUAAAGAAAUAAUAAAAAGUAUAAAUUUUAAA